AUGGCUAAACAAAAUCCUUUUGACCAAAAGAAGGCCUCCAUUUUGUCUGAAAUACAAUCAGAAGCACCAGAUUUAUCGCCUAAGGGAGAUGUCGACGUAUUAUGUUUCCCAAUUAUAAAUUUAAUAAACACAAAUGCAGACAUGGUGACAACCUCAUCAUGCUCAGGUAGAAUAAGUAUAUUUUUGGAAGGCGAUAAAAACCAUAAAGGAUCCAUCAAAUCUGGUGGUAAGGGAGAGGGUGGGAGAUGGCUGUACGUAACUCAUAAUGUUAGUGAAGUCUCAAAUUGGAUUGACCGAAUCGAAUCCGAAAGCUUCGAGUUUUCUGACCCUGCUAUAAUUGCAGAACAGUUUGAUGGUGACAAACGACUUGUGCUUUAUAAGUACGAGCCUUUCAUAUUACAUGUCAAAUGUCGAGACUUUUCGACAGCGUCCAAAUUAUACAACGUGGCCAUGGGAUGUGGCUUCAGAGAAAGCGGGAUAGGAUCCAACAAUCUUGUUGCCAUUAGAACUAGUAGUAAACUAGACAUACCAAUGGGUAUAUGGGACUCUAUGGGUAAUCAUAUCAAAUUUCUGGUUGACAAGCACUAUAUAAAAAUGAUCGACGCAAUAGCCAUUGCGAAAUUUGGGGAAAAUGAAAGAAAGAUGACCAAGUUAUAUGAAAGGAUAAAGAGUGAUAUAUUUGAACCAGUCCCGUAA